AUCACGUGACAGUGGGAAAAGUUCGGUCAGCUGACCUCGGGUCAGCUCAUGUGAUCAUGUGACGUUUUCUUCCCUUUACUCUGUAACAAUGGGCCGAUCACAUGCAGCUGUCGGUGUGAUUUUACUUGUUUAUAUGGUCGGUAAAGUUCUGCCCAAGCCUUUGGCAGGUAAAGAAGCCUGGAAUUAUGUGGAAGUAAGAGAUGGGGCGCACAUGUUCUGGUGGCUUUACUACGCUGACAGUCAGUCUGAAGGGUACCAGAACCUGCCCCUAAUUAUGUGGCUGCAGGGUGGACCGGGAGGCUCAGGAACCGGCUUUGGCAACUUUGAGGAGAUUGGACCUUUAACUACUGACCAAAAACCCAGAAAGACAACCUGGGUGCAGGCAGCCAGUCUGUUGUUCGUCGACAAUCCCGUGGGCACCGGCUUUAGCUACACAGACAAAUCAGAUGGUUAUGCGACCAAUGUUGCCAUGGUGGCAUCAGACAUGCUGGUCCUGCUCAAACACUUCUUUACAGAGAAGGCAGAGUUUCAGAGUGUACCAUUCUAUAUCUUUUCUGAGUCUUAUGGAGGAAAGAUGGCAGCAGCUAUUUCCAUGGAACUCACCAAGGCCAUUGCUCGAGGAACAAUGAAAUGUAACUUUGCUGGUGUGGCACUUGGGGACUCGUGGAUUUCCCCUCUAGACUCUGUCAUGACCUGGGGACCUUACCUCUACACUACGUCUCUGCUGGACGACUACGGCCUGGCGGACGUGAACAGUGCAGUGGAUGCUGUGAAGCAAGCUGUGGAAAAGGAGCAGUUUGAGAAAGCCACUGAGUUAUGGUCUGUGACUGAGUCUGUGGUGGAGCAGAACACCAAUAACGUCAACUUUUACAACAUACUGACCCAGACGCCAGUUGACAAAGUGAACACUUCAUCGGACGAGGACUUCAUCUCUCUGCUGACACGUCGCCACAUCUGGCGCUUACACGGCCAGUCACUGAGUGAGCUGAUGAACGGACCAAUCAGGAAGAAACUUGGCAUCAUCCCCCACAAUGUCACUUGGGGAGGUCAAGCAGAGAAAGUGUUCAGCAACAUGGCAGGAGACUUUAUGAGGCCGGUGGUCGAUAUUGUGGACCAGCUGCUGACUGCUGGCAUCAACGUCACGGUCUACAAUGGACAGCUGGACCUCAUUGUGGACACCAUGGGUCAGGAGUUGUGGAUGAAGCAGCUGAAGUGGGCAGGGCUUCCUGGUUUUAACAAGCUAAGAUGGACUGCUCUGGAUGACCCGACAUCCCCGGGCUUAACAGGAGCUUUUGUCAAGAUCUACAAGAACUUUUCCUUCUACUGGAUCCUGAAAGCUGGACACAUGAUUCCCUCAGACCAGGGCCCGAUGGCCCUACAGAUGAUGAAGAUGAUCAUACAGCAGGCGUGACACUGCCUCUGGGAUGCCAGCUAUAUUGUCGCCGACAAUCAAAUCAAUCCCAAGCUUUUUAUAAUCUGCUCUCUGCUAAACCAAAAUAAGAUGGUCAGUCUUUGAUUUAAAGAUUCACUUCUGUAAAUUUUAGCCAUAAGAACAAAUAAAAAAAAAAAUUUUUUAAACGCU